AUGGCUCCGAGUGAUAAACUAUUGCCGCCUCAGUCGAGGCCGACCACCAUCCUAGUCAACAACCUACACUGCCCUUCGUGCGCGACACACGUCGAAGAGACUCUUUCGGCUCUCAAGCCGCCUCCUUUUUCCAUUUCGACAUCUAUCCUUCGACACGAGAUAGAAAUCGUGCACCCCAUUUCGCUCAGCACCGACCGCAUCGUGGGCGCACUCGAGGCUGCUGCCUUCGAGGUUGACAGCGUUAUUGUCCACGCUAACGAAGUUUAUAUCGAUGCCGAGGCCUGUACCGCAGAACGUCCAAGAAGCUAUCGUAGCGAGAUAGAACAUGAUGCCCUUGCUCAAUCUGAACUGCACAUCGCAAAAUGCGAUGCAUGUUCCGCACAGCUCGAUAUGCAGUCGUCGAAGAAAACCCCUACCGUUGGCAAGGAAAAAGUCGCCGGCAAGAAAGAUCAGCACGGUCUGCAAGAGUCUCAGACAGAAGAAGAAGUUCUAGUGUCCGUUAUGGAUGACCGUCUCAUUGACACUCGGGCGCGAGUCACACUGUCCGUCAGUGGGAUGUCAUGCAGCUCCUGUGUGAGUAAGAUUACCGGGGUCUUGGAAACUCGACCCUGGGUGCAAUCGGCCGACGUCAAUCUCUUGACAAGUAGUGCCGUUGUCAUGGUUCUGGACAAGUCGCACGUGGACGAGUUGCUCGAGACAGUUAGGGGAACAGGUUAUGCCACGGAACUGAUUGAGUGUGAGGAGAUCCGAUUCCAGCAGCCAUCGAAUGCGUCUGGGCUGGGUGAUACGUGGCGAGCUUCGUACAUCAUCCAAGGCAUGACCUGUAGCUCCUGCGUCGGGAAGGUGACCGACACGCUGAAGCAGUAUGAGUGGAUAAACACAGUGGAUGUGAACCUCGUCUCCGCCAGUGCGACAGUGGAGUUCCGAGGUAAGGAUCGCCUGGGCGAGAUUCCUGGCAUCAUCAACGGCCUUGGUUACACAGUCACCCUUAGCGACGUCGAGAGCAGGACCCUCUCCGGCCAACCCAGCUUGAAGCGGUCGGUGACCAUCCAGGUGGAGGGAAUGCAUUGUCCACACUGUCCGCAGCGGAUUAUCGAUGCCCUAGCCGUCUAUUCGGACCGAUUGGAAGUGACCACGCUUCCUAGCAAGACACAACCCAAAAUUUCCGUGAGCUAUCUGCCCAAGGCACCAAAUUUUACAAUCCGGCAUAUCAUGCGCACGAUCACCGAUAUCGACAAGGCAUUUGCCGUUUCGGUCUACCGCCCUCCGAGCCUUGAGGAACGCUCUCAAGCGAUGCAUCGCCGGUACCAAUGGCAAAUCACUCGCCGGUUGAUUUUGGCCCUACUCGCUGCUAUCCCGACUUUUAUCAUUGGUGUGGUGUAUAUGUCCCUGGUCCAUAGCGACAAUCCCGGCCGGAUUUACCUCGAUGAGCGUAUGUGGUCGGGUGAAGCAUCGCGCUCUGAAUGGGCGCUUUUCAUCACGUCGACUCCUGUGUAUUUCUUCGCGGCAGACAUUUUCCACCGCCGCAUGCUCACUGAGCUCAUGGCGCUCUGGCGACCCGGAAACAAAACACCUAUCUUGCGCAGGUUCUAUCGCUUUGGAAGCAUGGAUAUGCUCAUGUCACUGGGCACCAGCAUCGCCUACUUCUCAUCCAUUGCAAUCCUGGCCAUCAAUGCCUCGCAGCCACGCGGUAGCCCUAAGGCAUCUCAUACGGGAUCGUACUUUGAUGCGGUCGUCUUUUUGACCAUGUUUCUGAUGAUCGGCCGGCUGCUCGAGGCCUACAGCAAAGCCAAAGCGGGAAAUGCAGUUAGCCUUCUGGGCAAGCUGCGCCCGACAGAGGCAACACUAGCGGAAGCGGUUGAAGCGGGCAGUCUCUCCACCUCUCCGAACCCAAGCAUAGUUCCAAUCGACCAAUUAGAGUACGGAGACGUUGUGCGGGUGGCGAACGGUGCCUCACCUCCAUAUGACGGAACUAUAGUCUAUGGAGAGUCACAGUUCGAUGAGUCGAGUCUGACUGGAGAAUCAAAACCGGUCUCCAAGUCUAUUGGAGACGAAGUCUUUUCGGGGACAGUCAACCAGGCAAGCCCGGUCUUGGUCCGUAUGAACCGCCUUUCGGGCGACUCGAUGCUGGAUCAGAUUAUCAACGCUGUUCGCCAGGGCCAGAUCCGUCGAGCGCCAAUAGAGCGUACUGCUGACUUGAUUACGGGUUUCUUUGUUCCCGUUGUCACUCUUAUCGCGGUGUUGGAUUGGGUGAUUUGGUUGGGACUUGGUAUAUCCGGCCAAUUGCCCGACUCCUGGAAGGGCGACACCCUAGGAGGCUGGAGUUUCUGGUCGUUGCAGUUCGCCAUUGCAGUUUUCGUCGUGGCAUGCCCCUGUGGCAUCGGACUCGCAGCGCCGACAGCUCUUUUUGUCGGUGGUAGCCUCGCGGCUCAGCAUGGGAUCCUCGUCAAAGGUGGGGGUGAAGCGUUCCAAGAGGCCAGCAAUCUUGAUUGCAUCGUCUUCGAUAAAACCGGCACAAUCACUGAGGGCGGUGAGCCAUCUAUUACUGAUCAUGAAGUAACAACCAACGAAGGCGUCGAUGAUCUUUGGGGCGCCGUUAUAGAGCUCGAACAGAAUACCAGUCACCCGAUUGCUAGGGCGGUGGUGUCUUUUGCCACCUCUAAGCAAUCACCAGACCUCAAAGUACUUAAGGUGGAAGAAAUACCGGGAAAAGGUAUGAAAGGCUCAUUCGGCUCUCGCAGUCGGGUCUCGUCUGUCCUGGAAGUCAUUGUGGGCAAUGAAGCCUUGAUGCAAGAUCAUGGAAUCGUCAUUCCUUCGGCUAAUGCCGAAAAAUUGAGAGCCUGGAAGCACCAGGCCAAGUCUGUGGUCGUGGUAGGGCAAAGAACCUGCCCGGAACAAUCCGCCACCGAAGCAGUCCCCUGGAAGCUCUCCAUGAUGUUGGCAGUGGCCGACGCUAUCCGCACCGAGGCCAAGGGGACUGUCAAGGCUAUCCAGGAUCGGGGCAUCGCGGUGUGGAUGAUAUCGGGGGAUAACCCGACGACUGCGCAUGCGGUGGGUAGCGUGGUCGGGAUCCCUCCAGAGAACAUCAUUGCCGGUAUUCUGCCCGAACAGAAGGCGGAAAAGAUUCGAUAUCUCCAGAAAACCCUGCGUAAGAAAUCAGGCUCCGCCCACGCACUUGUCGCGAUGGUUGGUGAUGGGAUCAACGAUUCGCCCGCGCUAACCGCGGCCGACGUCGGCAUUGCCAUCGGUUCAGGGUCGGAUAUUGCGAUCUCGGCCGCUGAAUUUGUCCUCGUGUCUUCUCGCCUUUCCACUAUCCUGACGCUCAUCGAUCUUAGCCGCGUCGUUUUCCGCAGGAUCAAGUUCAACUUUGCAUGGGCGUUGAUUUACAACUGCAUUGCCGUGCCCGUCGCUGCGGGAGUAUUUUACCCCAUUGUCAGCAAUGGCAGCCAUAUUCGUUUGGACCCUGUCUGGUCCAGCCUCGCUAUGGCGUUGAGCAGUGUCAGCGUCAUAUCUAGCAGUCUUUUGAUGAAAACGCGACUGCCACUGUUCGGGUUCAAAUCGGAUAAUUAA